GGAACACAGCUUACAAAAUAACAGUCUAGUUUUGAAACGCAAACGAAACGGUUGAAAAAUAUCCGGUGAAAUUGAAAUAAGUAAAAGGAAAUUCAAAAAAAAAAUAUAUAAAAUGCCUUUAAAAAAGAAAGACGAUUACAUACCCAUUAAAUGUGAAGGCUGGAAUGGCAAAUUUGUUUAUCCACCCGGUUCUACAAAUAAUGUAUCAAAAGUACGUCGUUACAAUCAAAAUAUAACCGAUACCCAAAAUUUCUAUGGCUACUGCAAUGAACCCAUAAUUUUACCCACUGAAUGGGAUGGUACGUUUAAAAAAAGUGGUGAAGUUUUGAUGCAGCAGGAACGUAAUCGUUCAGAUGAUUCUAAAUACUUUCAAUACAAUACUGAACCCACCAUUUUGCCGACUUCGUGGAAUGGUGAAUUCCAAACGGAUCCCAACGAUGUGCGUAUAUUACCCGAAAGGAAUUUCUCCGAUCCUCGUGAUUACGCUGAAGCUAAUCGUUUUAAGCGUGUAAAUUAGAUGUUGGGUGAAAGGGAAGUUAAUACUCAACAGAUCUAAUUUAAAUACUAAGGGAAUAUUGAAAAUUUGUUUUUAAUUAAAACAUGUUUCUGUUUGUUACUUUUUUUGUUUAAAUCAUUAGUUUAUUAUUAGAUUUUAACAUAACAUGACGUAGUUUUUAAGACAAAUUAUUUAUUUUUAAUUUUAAAUUAUAAUAAAAAAAACGAAAAAAAAAAUUAAAUUGUUACUACUACAAUAUUAUGUAAUAAAAGCAAUAAUAAUAAUGAUAAUAAUUAAAUUUG